CUCCACUUUCGCCUAUAUACCUUCGUCUUCUCUCGAUUCCUCACAACAAUUCAAUCCGAAGCUCGCAACAAUCACUCCGAUUUCUCUGCUCUCAUUCUUCUAUACUUCGAUUUUUGCUAAACUCUACUGUUAUUCUAAUUGUUUUCGGCAUUAAUGGCGGGAAAGGGCGAAGGACCGGCGAUCGGUAUCGAUUUGGGGACUACCUACUCGUGCGUGGGAGUGUGGCAGCACGACCGCGUCGAGAUCAUCGCCAAUGACCAGGGUAACCGCACCACGCCGUCGUAUGUGGCGUUCACUGACACCGAGCGUCUCAUCGGCGACGCGGCGAAGAAUCAGGUCGCUAUGAAUCCUAUCAACACUGUUUUCGAUGCUAAGAGGUUGAUCGGCCGUAGAUUCUCUGAUCCGUCGGUCCAGAGUGACAUGAAACUCUGGCCAUUCAAGGUUAUUGCCGGCCCUGCCGACAAGCCUAUGAUAGUGGUAUCCUACAAGGGGGAGGAGAAGCAGUUUUCAGCUGAGGAGAUCUCUUCCAUGGUGUUGAACAAGAUGAAGGAGAUUGCCGAGGCGUAUCUCGGGACGACUGUGAAGAAUGCUGUUGUGACCGUGCCAGCUUACUUCAACGAUUCUCAGCGACAGGCAACCAAGGAUGCUGGGGUGAUCUCUGGCCUGAACGUUAUGAGGAUUAUCAACGAGCCUACCGCUGCAGCUAUUGCGUAUGGUUUGGAUAAGAAAGCAACCAGCACCGGUGAGAAGAAUGUGCUCAUCUUCGAUCUAGGUGGUGGUACGUUUGAUGUGUCACUUCUCACGAUCGAGGAGGGCAUUUUCGAGGUGAAGGCUACAGCUGGUGACACUCAUCUUGGGGGUGAGGAUUUCGAUAAUAGGAUGGUGAAUCACUUUGUGCAAGAGUUCAAGAGGAAGAACAAGAAGGAUAUCAGUGGCAACCCGAGAGCUCUUAGGAGGCUGAGAACUGCUUGUGAGAGGGCGAAGAGGACUCUCUCUUCCACUGCCCAAACAACAAUUGAGAUCGAUUCAUUGUAUGAAGGCAUUGAUUUCUAUUCCACCAUUACUCGUGCGAGGUUUGAAGAAUUGAACAUGGAUUUGUUCCGGAAGUGUAUGGAGCCCGUUGAGAAGUGUUUGAGGGAUGCGAAGAUGGACAAGAGCACUGUCCACGAUGUUGUGCUCGUUGGUGGCUCGACUAGGAUUCCGAAGGUGCAGCAGCUACUGCAGGACUUCUUCAAUGGGAAGGAGCUUUGCAAGAGCAUCAAUCCUGAUGAGGCAGUGGCGUAUGGUGCUGCUGUGCAAGCUGCAAUCUUGAGCGGUGAAGGAAACGAGAAGGUGCAGGAUCUCUUGCUUUUGGAUGUUACUCCUUUGUCUCUCGGUCUUGAGACUGCUGGAGGUGUGAUGACUGUGUUGAUUCCGAGGAACACAACCAUCCCGACGAAGAAGGAACAGAUUUUCUCGACCUACUCUGACAACCAGCCUGGUGUUUUGAUCCAAGUGUACGAGGGUGAAAGAACUAGGACUAAAGACAACAACCUUCUCGGGAAGUUUGAGCUCACCGGCAUCCCACCUGCCCCAAGAGGCGUACCACAGAUCAGCGUGUGCUUUGACAUUGAUGCGAAUGGCAUCUUGAACGUAUCAGCCGAGGACAAGACAACCGGACAGAAGAACAAGAUCACCAUCACCAACGACAAGGGCAGGCUGUCCAAGGAAGAGAUCGAGAAGAUGGUGCAGGAGGCCGAGAAGUACAAAUCCGAGGACGAAGAGCAUAAGAAGAAGGUGGAGGCCAAGAAUGCUCUGGAGAACUACGCCUACAACAUGAGGAACACCAUCAAGGAUGAUAAGAUUGCGGCCAAGCUCCCUGCGGACGACAAGAAGAAGAUCGAGGAUGCUAUUGAGGCUGCUAUCCAGUGGCUGGACACCAACCAGCUCGCAGAAGCUGAUGAAUUUGAAGACAAGAUGAAGGAGCUCGAGGGCCUCUGCAAUCCGAUCAUAGCCAAGAUGUACCAAGGCGCCGGUGGUGAUGCUGAUAUGGGCGGUGUGAACAUGGGAGGUGACGGCCCCUCUGCUGGUGCCGGCGGUGCAGGCCCCAAGAUUGAAGAAGUCGAUUAAGUGAACAUGUAGAUGGUUGGAUGUUCGUUUGUUGUGAUGGUUUUCUGCUUCUGAUCUGUACUCUUUUUUCAACCCUGUAUUUGCUAUUUCCUUUUGGUACUCCCUUCAUUUACUAUGUUUUGCUAAAGGAAACCUACGUUUAGUUUUUUUUGUCA